ACUUGUGAGCUACAUAUUUCAAAUCACAAUUUAAAUACAAAUGUUAGGAGAACAAAGUCUGUAAUAUUAAAUCAAAGUUGUUUAUCAGUUGUUCUGAACCGCUUGUGUGAAUCUCACCCACCACAAACAUGUUCACCACGAGAAGCUGUGCAAAAUUGUGUUCAAAAUUAGGAAAAUCGUUAGGUUUACGUAAAGUGCACGUUCUACCAGACUUUACACAAAAUAGUUACAAUGUACGAAGAGGCAAUUACAGUGUACUUCAGGAUAGUCACAUCGACUUUUUCCAAGAAAUUGUAGGAGAAGAAAGAGUUAUUAUGGACGAAACCGAUCUAAAUCGAUAUAACAUUGAUUGGUACAAUCAGGUGAGAGGCAAAAGUAAAAUUGUGAUUAAACCUAAAACCACCGAAGAAGUGUCACAGAUAUUAUCAUUUUGCAACGAUCAGCGGUUGGCAGUCUGUCCUCAAGGAGGAAACACGUGCGUUUCCGGCGGAUCUGUACCUGUAUUCGAUGAAAUAGUCCUUUCCAGCGAUCUGAUGAAUAAAAUCAUAAGUUUGGAUGAGACAUCAGGCGUCCUCGUCUGCCAGGCGGGAUGUAUUUUGGAAAAUUUAAACAAUUUUGUGGCCGACAAAAAACUAUUGUUGCCACUAGAUUUGGGUUCGAAAGGAUCGUGCCACAUCGGCGGGAAUGUCUCAACAAAUGCGGGAGGGUUACGAUUACUUCGUUAUGGAAGUUUGCACGGGAGUGUUUUAGGACUCGAAAUAGUGAAGGCAGACGGUGAAGUUCUCGACUGCCUUAGCACCCUAAAGAAGGACAACACAGGAUAUCACCUGCAUCACUUGUUCAUUGGCUCAGAGGGCACACUGGGUUUCGUCACUAAAGUCGCUAUUCAUUGUCCGCCGCAAUCGAAAGCGAUUUCCUUGGCGUUCUUAGGAGCGCCAUCUUACGAAAAUGUCCUCAAAACUUUUAAGAGAGCAAAAAAUGAACUGGGCGAGAUAUUAUCAGCGGUUGAAGUUAUCGACACACCCUCCAUGGACACUCUCAAUGACCACUUGCAAAUAACGCCGCCUAUUGGGAAGCACGAAUUUUAUUUGCUUUUGGAAACCAAGGGCAGCGACGAAGAGCAUGAUCAGCAGAAACUAAAUAAAUUUUUGGAAUCUGUACUGAGUGAAAAUUUGAUUUCGGAUGGAGCAAUUGCGUCUGAACCUGGCAAGUAUCAUGCAAUGUGGGCCAUUAGGGAACGUCUUCCUGAGGCAUUCCUUCAUGAUGGAUACGUUUACAAUUAUGACCUUACGAUACCGUUGGAGUAUUAUUUUAAACUGGUUGCUGACGUUAGACAGCACGUCGGUACAGAAGCGACCCGCGUGUUUGGGUUUGGGCAUUUGGGGGAUGGAAACAUACACCUUCAAGUAAGCACCAAAGAGUUUAAUAAAGCAAUGAAGAAACGCAUCGAUACCUUCUUGUUCAACAAAGUAAAGGAAUUAAAUGGUAGUAUUAGUGCAGAACACGGCAUGGGUUUUUUGAAAGCCGGUUACCUGAGUUCUAUUAAAAAUGAGUCAUCUUUUAAGCUGAUGAAGAGUUUAAAGGCUCUAAUGGACCCUAAUGGCAUUUUAAAUCCGUACAAGGUACUAGAAAAUUGAUUAAUGUAUGCAAUAGCUGUUUGACAAUUCAUCUUUUACAGUAGUUUCUAAAUUAUUUAUUUUAAAUUAUAUAAUUCGUGAAUAAAAUUCGUGUGUUUGUAUUCUA